ACAUUGUGUAUUUACAUACAUGAGUCGGUAGUAAGAUAAAAUAUUCGUGUAUUGACCGGACAAUUUAUACAAAAUGAGUCAAUUGUGGAACCCAGCAAAAUCUCAACUUGAUGGCCUUCCUGAAGAUAUGGCCUCAAAACUUUCUAUGGACACCAAGGCGACAUCGACACGAUUCGUACACCCUGGCACCGAGCCGCUUGUCCCGCCAAUCACACAUUCGAGCACCUACCUCAUGAGUAGCGUAGACGACUACCUCAGAAUUUUGAAAGAGUCUGGCUAUAUCUAUGGUCGUCUUGGUAACCCGAAUUCAGACGCCGCCGAGUGCGCGAUCAAUGCGCUUGAGGAAGGGGCCGGUACUUUGGUUUUUGGUUCCGGCAUGGCUGCCAUAAGCGCGGCUCUCAUCUGCUUCUUAAAGGCUGGAGAUCACGUGGUUUGUCAAAAUCCUUGUUAUAGUGCGACCUUUGAUAUGUUGGAUAAAAUCUUAGCCAAAUAUGGUGUAGAAACGUCUUGGGUGCCAGCCGGCUGUAACGUGGACGAAUACAAGAACAAGAUCAAACCGAACACAAAAUUACUUUACGGAGAAACUCCAUGCAAUCCUAUGCUGGCAAUUCUUGACUUGCAAAAGUUUGGAGAACUUGGAACUUCUAAAGGAAUUCUUACUAUCGUCGAUGGAACAUUUGCUAGUCUGUUUUGUCAGCAAAGCAUCAAGUUUGGAAUUGAUAUUUCGAUGCACAGCUGUACAAAGUAUCUUGGAGGUCAUAGCGAUCUUACGGCAGGCUGUCUAACGUUCAAGAAAUUAGAGCACUGGAAAAUGAUGAAGAGAUACCAGAGCACACUGGGUAUGCAAUUAUCUCCACACGACGCCAGUUUGCUGUUACGUGGUAUCAAAACCAUUCAUGUGCGUAUGCCACGUCAUUCAUCUAACGCGGCAAAAGUUGCGCAGUAUCUUGAAAAACAUCCAAAAGUGAAAGAUGUUAGAUUCCCGGGUCUCGAAUCACAUCCUCAUCACGAAUUAGCCAAGAAACAAAUGAAAGGCUAUAGCGGCAUGAUAGCUGUGGAAAUAAAGGGCGGGAUCGACGGUGGGAAGGCGUUUGUAGAGAACUUGCAUUUAGCCCAACUGGCAGUUUCAUUGGGCGGUGUGGAGACACUUGUCGAGCACCCAGCAACGAUGACCCACGGUCCAAUGAUCAUGUCAGACGAGGAACGUGAAGAGGCCGGGAUAACGCCAGGAUUUGUUAGAAUCAGUAUCGGAUUAGAGGACCCAGACGAUUUGAUAAGAGAUUUUCAACAGGCCUUAGACAAAGUUCCAGCGUGAUUGGCAGAUCAGCAUGACGUCAGUAGUCACGUGAACAUGAAAAACAUGUGUCGCCAACAUUUUUAUUUUAUAUACUCCAGUCCAACAAACGGCACUCGUUCUGUGACCAUAAUCGUAUUCUUUGUGAUAUUAUACUUAGGUACAAUACUGAAUUCUUUUUGACAAGUACAUACUACACAGCAAUAUAGCUUUUGCAGCAAUGUACGAGUCUAUAUGGAGUACAAUAUGCUUUCGAUACGGAUUUGUUGGACUCGGGAAAUGAUGAUUUGUGCGGAAAUAUCACGUGAUGAAAUGCUGGAAGAUUAUUGGUUACAUUUUAUAAGGUGUGAAAUAAAUUUAUAUGAGCCGCGUCACGACAAAACCAACAUU